AUGUCUUCAACAGCUGCUCUCCAAGCUCGCCUCAAAGAGCUCACUACAGUUCUGGCUCAGAUACACCCGCUUAUCGAGCGCCUAAGGAAUUUCACAAUGGCUAUUGGUCAAGGUGACCAGGCCCGCCUAGAAUUAGGGCAGGAAAUACAUGGCUCACUGAAAGAGGCGGAAGAGCAGAUGGAGAUUCUGAAGGUUGAGGUUGACGCUCUUGAGACUGGCAAUGAAGGUGGACGGAAAGGUGUGGACAAUGUAAAAGAGCUGGAAAAAGAGCGGAUCAUUGCGUUGGCGGGGAGGCUGGUCGAUGAGAUCAAGAGGACGAGGGUGGAAUUUCGCAAUGCUCAGCUCCAGGCGAAACGAAACGCGGAGACUGCAAAACGCAAGGAGAGAGAGCUACUGUUUUCGAGGUCACAGAGUGCUGAGCGCCGAAGUCAAUCUACCGAGAAGCUGUCGCAUGAUGAUAUUGUCAAGAACGCCUCAAGCGAUGUUACCGCAGCAUUGCGCAGGACGCACCAGCUGAUGCAGGCGGAACUAUCUCGAAGUCAAUUCGCCCACCAAACUCUAGAGCAAUCUACAGCUGCCUUAUCCUCCUUGUCGGAGUCUUACACCGAUCUCGACUCUCUCCUCUCAUCCUCCCGCAACCUCAUCGGUUCUCUCAUCCGAUCUCAAAAGUCCGACACUUGGUUCGCGUUCGCUAUCCUUGGAACAGUCGGAAUCACUAGCACGGCCGUUCAAUCAUAUUCUUCAGCGUCACUCAGCCAAAGCAUGCCUCAGGAAGCACCAACAUUGGGAGAAACAGCCGCCAUGCCUAGUGCUUCCAUCAGCGCUACUUGGGAUCAAGCUCAGGUCUCUGAAGAGCAACCAGAAACUGAUCGCAUGAUUGAUCAGAUUGGCGAUAUGGUAGAAAAGAAUAGCAGAUUGGAGGAAGAAACCAGCAUCGACGACGUGUCGCCAGAAGAGAGGCAACGGCAAGAAGAGAUUCCGCGAAAUCCAAAGAAACGCAUGUACGAAGCUACGGAAGUCGAGCAAAAUCGGAGAGAUGAAUUAUAG